AUGGGGCUCAACCUGACACUUGCAAAAUUACCAAGUAAUGAACUAUACAGCCAAGCAAGUCACUCUGCAAACAGCACCAGCGAGGGACCUGGGAAGAACUCCACCCUUCACAACGAAUUUGACACCAUCAUCCUGCCAGUGCUUUACCUGGUUAUAUUUGUGGCAAGCAUCCUGCUGAAUGGUCUGGCCGUGUGGAUCUUCUUCCACAUUAGGAAUAAAACCAGCUUCAUCUUUUAUCUCAAAAAUAUAGUGGUAGCUGACCUCAUAAUGACACUGACAUUCCCAUUCCGAAUAGUCCGAGAUGCGGGACUCGGACCUUGGUACUUUGAGUUCAUCCUCUGCAAAUACACCUCAGUUUUGUUCUACGCAAACAUGUACACAUCCAUUGUGUUUCUUGGGCUGAUCAGUGUCGAUCGCUAUCUAAAGGUGGUAAAGCCUUUUGGUGACUCUCGCAUGUACAGCAUAACCUUUACCAAAGUUUUAUCACUUUGUGUUUGGGUGAUCACGGCUGUUCUGUCCUUGCCAAAUAUCAUACUAACUAAUGGGCAACCAACUAAGGAGAAUAUUCAUGACUGCAUGAAACUUAAAAGUCCUUUGGGAGCCAAGUGGCAUAUGGCUGUCACCUAUGUGGACAGCUGUUUGUUCAUGGUCGUGCUGGUGAUUCUGAUCGGAUGCUACAUAGCCAUAUCCAGAUACAUUCACAAAUCCAGCAGGCAGUUCAUAAGUCAAUCGAGCCGGAAGCGGAAGCACAACCAGAGCAUCCGAGUGGUCGUGGCUGUGUUUUUCACCUGCUUCCUCCCCUACCACCUGUGCAGGGUCCCUUUUACUUUUAGUCACCUGGAUAGGCUUUUAGAUGAGUCAGCACACAAAAUCCUCUAUUACUGCAAGGAAAUGACGCUUUUCCUGUCGGCAUGCAACGUGUGCCUGGACCCAAUAAUUUAUUUCUUCAUGUGUCGGUCGUUUUCAAGAAGGCUGUUCAAGAAAUCAAACAUAAGAACGAGGAGUGAAAGCAUCAGAUCGCUGCAAAGCGUCCGGAGAUCAGAAGUGCGCAUUUAUUAUGAUUACACCGAUGUUUAG